UUGGGAAUUCUGAACUUUGCGCGACGAAAUGACGAGUUGUACUGAGACAACAAUUUCUGGCGGCGGCCAAGACAGCGGUAAACCUAAUCCACAGUUCACAGUGCUCGCUCAAAGCGAUAUUCGUCAGGAUACCAUUGAAGACUUCCUAGCAAGUCAUGCAGAUGGCGACUUUCUAGCUCUAAUUGGCUCAAAAUCGAGCGUGGUCACCUUGGAGAUGACCCAUAAAAACACAUUUUCAGCUCCCUUUUCAUACAUUUUGGCGGAUUUUGAGUGUAGUGCAGUGGAUCCACGACCCCUGGAUGUUUUGGCUAACCAAGUGAAUCUGGAGAGCAUCUAUGAAAGCUGUAAUGUCCUUGAGGCUCAAGCUUUGGCUUUGGAGCCAGUCUACACGUCAGUUUGCUCUGCAGCCGUGCCACCUGCUAAACUGAGAGCUGUAAAAAAGGCAAAUGGUUUGCUACCAAAUGGAAAUCUAUUACUGGCUUCACUCAACACCCGUGGUUCUAUCAUCUUUAUGAGCAAACCCUCGGAGUAUCCCGGCUGGAGUCUUUUGGAGUCACUUAAUGUGGCUGUGAUCCUACGGGAUAACCUGCUGCCGCCAAUGAAGUCUUCGAAAAUCAACAACUUUCAAAAGUAUCAGGCUUUUAUGGAUCGCGCUUGGAUCACGAUGUUUGCUUGGCUUACCAGCCAAGAUCAGGGACAUGCCUUGGUCUUGGGCACCGCCAAUGGAAGCUUGUGGUUGCUUAGCCUGAGCUCAGAUGUACAAACUCUGCGUGAGCACAAAGUCUUGGAGACCAGCUUGGAUCGCAUUUGCUUUCUUCAGGCUUUCGAGGAUCUUCUACUCGUGGGUGAUGUGAAAGGAACCAUCAGACUGUACAGAGUUUCCACCUCGAAUGAAUCCUGUCUAGUACUGGUCAAAGAAUUGUGGAGCAAAGCGGAUCGCAUGGGUCUGCAAAGGGGAGUGAUAACCCGGUGUCCCGAGAGAGGCUGCUACUAUAUAACCUGCUGCAAGGCGGCACAUCUGCUUACCUGGUGUAUGCAAGUCUCCGGAGAGAACGAAGAGUGGCUGGAAACACGUCUCUAUGUUGGAGGAAUGAAGAUCACCGGUCUCUCUGCACUUGGCCACAAUAGCUACGUUGUGGGAAACAUAAGCAAAAACCUGCACCGCAUUCAAAUCAGCCAUGAAGGCCAAGAGUUUAGUCUAAAAAAGCAAUCCAUACCCAUGGACAUGCUCGAAAACUUUGAGGUUUUGGAUCUCAGCUACAGUUUAAAUGGCAAUUUGCUGACCGUGUUCCUUAACCGUAACAAAGAGUACAUGAACUCGCACCUAUGGCAACGAAGUCAAAUAGUUGUUCAGGUGGGUAAGCUACAGGAUGAGAAUGCGGAAGAAACCCUUGCCCGGCUGGCUAAAAAGUUAGAGUUCAACGAGCCCAUUAAUCCGUACACCGACUACUUGGCCGAGCUGCGCAUGAAGAUAUUUUCCCAAAAGGAACUGCAAACAUAUCUCAAUUUUAGUCCAUUGGAUUCUUUUCAAUUUGCUGAGGAUGCCACAGAUUCGCAGCUGCUGAAGCUUAAAAUUAAAUAUCAUGUCCUGCAAGCUAUUGCCCACCUGCAUUCGAACUUUCUGGAGCUGACGGAGCAUGCCCGAAAGUUCCUGGACGAAAUGGAACUGCUUCUGGCAAUGCUAGUCACCACACACAUCAGACUGCGACUUCAGUUCCUACGGACACUGAGUAAAUUAACGCCAUUCCAGGAGGAGGCGGCCAAGAGCAUGUUCAAGGAGGCUUUUCGACUGAUUAAUAAACUUAAAUCCGACUUUAAUGAGAAUCAUCCUUUGAAAUGCACCACCAAUGCCUUUGUGGAACAUAUAAGCACACAUUUAGAGAUAUUGCAUUUAAAGCUGGGUGGUGGUAAUCCUCCUAAAAAUAUGGAUCCAGAGUCAGAAAUGCCAGGAAUACGCUGUUGUGUGUCCUAUUUAGAGAUCUCCCUCAGCUUGGAGCGUCGCUACUGCACCCUCUGUGAUCGUCAAAUCCUAAUGGAGCUGGAGAACCUGCAGGAGCUUUACGAGCACAAUGACAGCCAGCAAAUAACCUGCCCCUUUUGUCAUGGCAGCUUCACGGAGGAGCUCUUAAAUGCAUAA